UUUUUGGUUUCAUGUGGUAGCGAUUAGUUCAGGAGCGAGUUAGCUUGAGUGCAGAACAACAUGAAGCUGCUGGCGUUGACCUCACGACACUUUCAGCUACCGUGGCCACAGCCAAGAAAGGGGUCGGCCUCCGUAAGGAGUAACUACCAAGGCAGCUUUCAUCAGGCUGUUGCUCCAGUACUGUUCAUAGGGCAGUGUAUUGCACUGAUGCCGGUCGUGGAGAUCUUCAACCACAACUUCCGCCGGGCUCGGUUCAAGCCGUUGAGUGCGAGAUUUUUGUACUCGAUUCUUUACCUCGUGUUUGGGGGUGUUUACGGGGUGUGCACGUUUCAGUGGUGUUUUGUUAAAGGCUUGGACGUGACCCUGUUUGGAGAUUUGUUCUUCAUUGUGGUAGUGUAUUCGUCGGCCGUUUUGUUUCUGGUGAUUUCCCCUCAGUGGCACACCGUGCUAAAGGUGUUCAACGAGUGUGAGAAGAUCAUGCUUCGGGACACGUACCGGAAGGUUACCGAACGUUGCACACGCUUCAACCUAGCUUGGCAGAUCAGGUUGAUCGCAUUUGGGCUCCUCGUUCUAGCAUUUAUCGAGGAUGCCUUGAACUGCAACUCUGUCUAUCAGGGAAAUGUCGUAAAUCUUCAGUUCUGCAACCAUUCGAACGUGACAUUCUGGGAGAACUUUUACAUUCGUAAAUAUCCCCAAAUAUGGCGAAACAUUCCCGUUAAUUUUGGUUUAGUUCUAAUCAUCGAGUGGAUCAUCAGGUGCAUGCGGCUCACCUGGACCUACCUGGACGUGUUCAUCAUCUCGUUCAGCUUGGCGGCCCAGUUUCGGUACAACCAGAUCUACUACCGGCUGAUAUCGCUACCAAGUGUCGCCUCGCUACCGUCCACCUUUUGGCGCAACAUUCGCACCGACUACGUGGCCGUGUCGCAGCUGGUCGCCUUCCUGGACGACAAGUUUGGCCACCUGAUUCUGCUGGCUUGCGCAAACGACAUGUUGUUCAUAGCUACGCAGCUGUUUCAAGGAUUUCAACGGCGACCCACCUUUGCAACGAUAAUCUACUACUGGUACUCUUUGGGUUUGCUGAUAUUCCGGACGCUGUGCACGCUCUACGUUGGAUCCGGCGUCCAUGUAGCUUCGAUGAGUUCUUUGAACAUUCUGCGCAGUGUACCCUCGGAGGAUUGGGGGCUUGAUCUUCAGAGAUUGAUGGAAGAUGUGGCCUCUGGAGACAAUACGCUGUCUGGGAAGAAGUUUUUCUAUCUACGUAGACAGAUUAUUCUUGCGAUGGCUGCAACUCUUGUGACCUACGAGCUAGUGUUGAUGGAUCAGAUAAAACAGGCACCCGAUAAAACCAAAGACUGUUCGUACUUCUAGUUCUAUGUCUACUAGCAGCUGCAAAAUUAAAAUUAAAAUCCCACAUGUUUCAAAUAAUCGCAGAACCUUCUACCGUAGAAUGUAUCACACUGUGUAUAAUUAUGAAAAAAGUUCCACCACCAACUGGCACGCACAACAACCUCAAAGAUAUGUGUUUUGAUUA